AUGUCUAACAACUUGAUCGGUGGUUUCUUCAACAGAUUGUCUGCUUCUACUAAGUACAUUUUCGGUUGUAUGGUCGUCUACGGUGAAAACAACAACAAUGGUAUCACCGGUUUCUUCAUGGUUAGAGGUCAAGAUUACGCUCCAGCCUUCGAUGUUGCUCCAGAUUGGGAAUCAUACUCUUACACUAAGUUAGAUAGUUCUAACGAACAAGACCAAAAGUUCGUCAACAACAUGUUAGCAUGGGAUGAACCAGUUGUCGUUGACGGUGAAUCCAAGGAAAUCGCUGACGGUAAGGUCUGUAAGUAA